GUUGAACCAGGGAAAACAGUGCCAGGAGCUGCGCGCACACUAAGCCCACAACUGUGCGCGGAACUGUGGGAUGGGGGUGGUUAGUAAUAGGGACAACAAAGUGAACACUGUAAGAACGGAUUAUGGGAUCAUAGGACCACAGAACAGAUUUGGUUAUUUUUGCUGCAGAUCUUAAUGGGUGAAGACAGGAACAAGUAGGACAUAAAGUCUGAUUGGUGACCGAUGUAGGAGCACCUGUACACAUGACGGUCACAUACAGUAAUCGUGUGGCAGAUGCCAAGCUGGGGACCUUCUCCAGGUUGCUACUCCGAUGGCGAGGCAGUAUCUACAAAUUACUCUACCGGGAGUUCCUUAUCUUUGUUGGCUUCUACUUUAUCAUCAGCAUCACCUACAGGCUCCUUCUUAAUGAGCAGCAGAGGAUUUACUUUGAGAAGCUAGCCCUGUACUGCGACAACUAUGCAGAGCUGAUCCCGGUAUCAUUUGUCCUAGGUUUCUAUGUGACUUUGGUAGUCUCCCGUUGGUGGGCCCAGUAUGAGAGUGUCCCCUGGUUAGACCGCCUCAUGUGCUUGGUGUCCAGCAAUUUACAUGGCACAGAUGAACGAGGGAAGAUGAUGCGACGAACACUUAUGCGCUAUGCCAGUCUUGCUGGAGUUCUUAUCCUACGCUCAGUUAGUACUGCUGUUUAUAAGAGAUUCCCCACUCUGCAGCAUGUUGUGAAUGCCGGCUUUAUGACACCGGCUGAACAUAUGAAAUUUGAUGCUAUUUCUUCUCCUCACAACAAAUUCUGGAUUCCUUGUGUAUGGUUUGCUAACCUAGCAGUAACAGCCAGGACAGAGGGGAGAAUACGUGACAGUGUUGUGCUGACGCUCAUUCUCAGAGAGCUGAACUCUCUGCGCACACAGUGUGGAAGGUUGUUUGGAUAUGACUGGAUCAGCAUUCCUCUGGUCUAUACUCAGGUGGUCACAGUGGCUGUAUACAGCUUUUUUCUGGCUUGCCUCAUUGGCCGUCAGUUCCUGGACCCUCAGAGAGGAUACCCCGGACAUGAUCUAGACCUCUACGUUCCAGUAUUUACUCUCUUACAAUUCUUUUUUUAUGCUGGCUGGUUAAAGGUCGCUGAACAGUUAAUUAACCCCUUCGGACAAGAUGACGAUGACUUUGAGGCCAAUUGGCUGAUUGACAGAAACUUUCAGGUGUCUUUGUUAGCAGUGGAUGAAAUGCACCAAAAUCUUCCUCCACUAGAAAAAGAUAUUUAUUGGAAUGAUUCCGAUCCUCAGCCUCCGUACACUGCUUCUACAGUAGAGACUCGGAGACCAUCAUUUAUGGGUUCUGCCUUUGAUAUAAGUUUGCAGAAAGAGGAUUUGGAGUUUCCUCCUCUUGAGCAGAUAAAUGAGAAUGAAGAAGCCAACCACUCGACCCCAUUAAUCGGUCCCCUUGGGCGUCUACUGGGGGUACACUCUCCAAGUCCACCUCGUUCCAACUCACGACUGAGCUUGUUGAUGAGAAGACGGAGCGGAAUUCCACCAGGACUCCCCCAUUUUACCCACCGAGAUAUGGGAAACAAGGCUGGAGAUGCCCUACGUGACCUAAAUGUUUUCAUGUCCACCCCUUUUUACGAGAGGCCAGGAUUUUAUAGUGCACCUCAAACACCACUUAAUGGUGGUCCAACAUACUGUCCUCGAUUCCCUGCCCAUGGAACCCCAAACCUAUGUCACACACAAAGAAGCAAGACAAUGGGGACAUCUAAUGAUAGUGCAGAAGAGACAACCAGCUUAUCUCCAGGAUCUAAAGAGUGCUUUGUGUGGCCACUAGGAAGCAUGGAGGAACAAGAAGAAGCUACAGAUAGAGUUGAAAGUACUCUCUCACUGCGAGCACCUGAUCAACCUGUGCAGAGUCCUAGGCAGAUACCUAGAAGGUUACCAAGAGCCCAGCGCAUUUCGGCAUUACUCCAAGGAAACCAGUCCCUGGCUUCACCUGAUGCUGUACACACCCCAGGGCACAAGACAUCACACCCUAUCUUUUCAUUCUCUCCUAUGAACUCCCCAAAUUUGCAACGGGCAGCUUCCAGAGCCUCUCAUGGGCAGCCGGAUGUAAACUGCGAAGAAUUAAGCAAAGAACAAAAUGGAUCUCAUUGCUCUUCUCCGAAAGACUCUGGCAUUAGUCUAACUGAGGCGGACUUUACACAGCUUAUGGAAGUUAUCAUGGAGGCUGGGGAGCCAUGUCAGCAAGAAGGAAAGAGCGGAUAAGUCAAGUAUAUCGAGCUAGAAACCUAGCAGCCUGCAGAUAUAUGAAACGUAGUCGGGAGGCUUCACUACAGUGAGUACAUUUGGGAGAAGAUGACGCUCUAGCUCCAGUCAUCAGCCACGUAGCCUGUUCAUCAGCUUUUUACAAAACAUCAAGAAUGGAAUUAUGUAAUGACUUCCUAUGAAAGUCUUUAACCCUUUUAUACCCUGAAGGUGCAAAUAACAUUGUA